AGGUCCUCGAAUCCAUCCGCCAGAGUGGUGCCAUGAAAAUGGGACUGGAUCCGCUCGCUCAAGCUCAGCCAAAAAUUGCCAUCCUCAGUGCUCCGAACACCAGCAAUGACCAUGCCCAGUCUGUCGAUAUCGUUGUCCAUGCCCUAUCAAUGGACGUCCUCCACAAAGCCAUUCCAAUGACAGUCGGACUUUGCCUCGGUGUCGCGGCCAAUAUUCCGGGCACCAUUGCUUGGGACAUUGUUUCUGAGUCACGACAAAACCGUCAACCUGGAGACAGCAAGUUGGUGCGGAUACGCCAUCCCAGUGGGACCGUUGAUGUAGGAGCAGAACUUUCGCCGGAUGGUCACGUAAAAAGCGCCAAAGUGGUGAGAACGGGUAGAAGACUUAUGAGGGGUGUUGUAUGGUGGUGAUUCAUUCAUGAGCAAGUCAUAAAUUGAUUGUUUAUUAUCGGCACAACGCCAAGCCAUCGCCUUGCGUCUGCAGUUUGAUAGAUCGCGCAAUAACUGGACUGCCUUUCUCCGAGCCGUUAUCUUACUAUGAUGAGG